AUGCCAUGGUUCAAUUAUCGCGUGAAACUUCCAAUCAAACCACUCCCAUCCAUCGCAGAACGACCUCAUAUCAAGACGGACCGCCUGAUUGUCAGGCCCAUCAUGCCAGAGGACCUGGAAACUUUUCAUGCACUUCGCUCGGAGCAGGAGACUCAGUAUUAUUCACCUACGAGGGGUCGGGCAGACCGUGAUAUAGAGGAGACGCGCAAGUUCAUCGAGAACUUGCAAGCACCCCACGACAUUCGUCACUGGUAUUUCGGUGGUUUCCUGAGCUCUACCGGCGAAAUGAUUGGCGAGGCAGGAUUUCUCGACUGCGUGGACCUCCCACGCUGUGGUUGGCCUGAGGGAGAGAUAUGUGUGAAAAAGAAGUAUUGGCGUCAGGGAUACGGCACAGAGCUCAUGGACGCCGUGUUAAAUUCGUGGUGGGAUCUGCCCAGGGCCGAACGGAGGCAUCAACUCAUUCCUGUGAUCUUUGGAGACAACGUUGAGCCAGGGGCCAAGGUUGUUGAAAACGUAGCUUUCACCUGGGAAGCAAGUAACGAAGCUGCUACUAAAUUUAUAGCCAAAAUAUUCGACCAAACUCCUGUCGCGGUAGAUGGCUUUUACGAGCUGAUCUGUAUGUCACAGGACUGGGAACGAAGAGAUGGAAGAGAAGGAGGUCUGGUAAGGUGGGCCGCAACUCUCGUAGUGAAUCCACGUCAAAUCUGA